AUGGCAUACGCUCAGCCAUUCCCUCUCGCCCAGCCUCUGCAAAAGGUCGCCGCGCCUACUUUCGGCCCCGAUCUCGCUGUUCGUCUCAUUUGCCCCGAGUGUAGGGACCCAAACCCCAACAUUGUCGAGGAAUUCAGCAGCGGCGACCUUGUCUGUGGCACAUGUGGGCUGGUAUUGGGCGAUAGGAUUGUCGACACGAGGAGCGAGUGGAGGACGUUCGCGAACGACGAGGGCGAUGAUCCAUCCCGUGUGGGUGCGGCAUCGGAUCCCCUCAUGGAUGGCAUGGAGCAGCUGGACACGAACAUCUCCUUCAAGGAUGGUGGCUCAGGUCUAGCGAAGGAGCUACAGCGCGCGAACCACCGUGCCAAGGGUGCGAGUGCCGAGCGCAACCUCCUCGAGGCCUUCCGCCAGAUCUCACACUGGUGUGAGACAUUCUCCCUCCCCAAAACCAUUUCCGACAUCGCGAAACAGCUCUACAAGCGUUCCGAUGAGGAGAAACUCCUUCGUGGGAAGCCCCUCGAUGCAGUCAUCGCCGCUUGCAUCUUCAUCGCCUGUCGUCAGGCGCAUGUCCCCCGUACCUUCCGGGAGAUUUGCAAUCUCACCCAUGUCAGCAAGAAGACGCUUGGACAGUGCUACAAGGCUCUUGAACAAGCCUUCAACUUGACCCCAGGCGCGUCCCAAGACACCCGCCAUGCCCACACUCCCAACGCCACCACCGGUGCCGAGGACCUUCUGGUUCGGUACUGCAACCACCUCGACCUCCCUGUUAACGUGCAACCCAUCUGCGCCGACAUCAUUAUAAAGGCUCGCGAACUAGGCAUCGCCGAUGGCCGUUCUCCCGUUUCCAUCGCUGGUGGUGCGAUCUACUUCACGUGCUGUCUCUUGGACAAGCCGAAGACUGUACGGCAGAUCAGUGAGGUCGCAGGGGUCAGCGAGGGUACGAUUAAGCUGGUUUACCGGUUGUACUACGCUGAGCGUGUGAGGCUGGUGAAGGAGGAGUGGAUCAAGGACGGGAAGGCUAGGCUGGACAGGCUGCCAGUUGAGAGUGGGUCGAAGUAG